AUGACCUCUGUCUCCAAGCUCACUUGCAUCUACUCUGCCCUUAUCCUGCACCACGAUGAACAGACGGAGGAUAAGAUCAAUGCCCUCAUUAAAGUGGCCAGUUUCACUGUGGAAUCUUUUUGGCCUGGCUUGUUUGCAAAGACUCUGAACAAUGUCAACAGUGGGAGCCUCAUCUACAAUGUAGGAGCUGGUGGCCCUGCUCCUGCAGCUAUGCUAUAUCUGCUGGAGGCCCCCUCCACAGCUGCUGCGCCAGCUGAGAAGGUAGAAGCAAAGAAAGAUGAAUCUGAGGAGUGUGACAUCAACGCCACGGGCUUUGGACUUUUUCACUAA